AUGUUCAGGAUAUUGAACAUCACUCGCCACGAAGACUACAAUCCUUGCACACGUGAAAACGAUGUGGCCGUGAUUGAGCUAGACAUGGAGAUAUCGAAAGUACGAGGCAUCCCGAUUUGUAUGCCUGAAGAAUAUGAACCACUAGAGACGACAUUGACCGCGAUCGGUUACGGCUUAGACCCUGAAGCUCCUAAACCUGCAACGUUAUUCAACUGGCUUCAAGCAGUUGACCUUUCAUUAAAGGAGGUGGCAAUAUCGCGGAAGAUGAUUCGAACGCAAACUCCCAAAAGGUCUAUUUGUACUGUAGGUUCUGAAGUCAACUAA